CGGUUUGUUUUCUUUCUGCAAAUGCGUUCUGUAACCGGGCCCUGCUAAUUCAGUUAUUUGUUUAUGAUUACGGAGAGAUUGUCUACAGCGAGCACAAUGGAGCCUGGCUAGUAAUUUCCAGAAGAAGGAGAGCUUUGUACUUGGAUCUACAGAACGCCGAUGCGGGCACAGAAGCGGCCCGUUUGCUUUAUUCAGAGCCCGGGGUUUAACUGGCAGCAGUUACCGGCAUAGUGCUGGUGAACACGGACCACAGUGACAAUUGUUUUACCCACAACAACAACUUCCCCCCGAUUCAGUUCUGGGUGUAUUUAGACUAGAAACGCCGCCAAGAUAGCCGGGCCGGGCAGAAAACGACGCAGUUCGGACUCAGACCCCAGUGAAAGCGGCUCCACAGGAGGCAGCGAGGUGAGCGACAGCAGCUCCAUCAGUGGAAAGUGGCUCAAGAUGGCCAGCAGCAGCAGCAGCGCUACGUCAGGUGAGGUAGGCCGCAGGAGAGCGCAGAGAGGAGCCGAAGAGAACAGCAGCAAGAAGAAACUGAAAGAUCGGGCCAACCAAGAGAGCAAAGAGGCCAAGCGAGCUGCAACAGUCAACCAAGAGGCUAAAAAAGAUUUAUUUCUGGACUGGAAGCAAAAUGCUGAUGAGGUGAUAGUCAGACUGCGAUGUGGAGCAUUGAAAGUAGAAAACGUGGACACCGCCUUCUCAGAUACGGCCUGCCAAGUCCGCUUCCCAGAUGGCCGUGAGUGGAGCUGUCACCUGCAUGCAGAGAUUGAGAGUUCCUGCUGUAAAGUGAAGGAAAAGGGUGGCGUCAUGCACCUUGUCAUGCACAAGAAGAUCCCUUUUAACAACUGGCCCUCUCUUAUGUCCAACAAAGAAAAUGAAGCAGUUAACAUCUUAAAAGAGAAUAGCAGCAAUCACCAGCCUGACAAGUCAGACUUGAACUCGGAAACUCUCAAAACUCCCAGCGGAACGGAGCAGCAGACGCCAUCUACAGAUCAGAAAUGUGGCAAACCUGAACGGGGUGUAAAAAGAAGCAUGAAGAACAAACAGGCAGAGAACUCUCCGAACGCAGGGCUCAAGGUAGCCGAGUCCAAGCCAGGCACUAAGGGGGACCAGACCCCUGAGCCCAUUGCCAAGAGGACUGUCCGACUUUCCAAAAACAAAAAGGAGCCUGUUGUAGCAUCUAGCCCUGCACGAGAGUCUCUGGCUGAACCAGCUCUGAAUGGCAAACCCGUUACUCACAUCAGCCGGGAAUCUGAUACUCUGUCGAACACCGGCGAGAGCAAAUCAGAACACCAGAUUAAAGGACAAGUCAGCCUGGAGGAAAAAUCACCAAGAGUUGAGAAAAAGCAGGCUGAAACGGGUAAAAAGAAGCCCCAGGCGCCUAUCUGUGAGCCAAGGCCUGUGCUCUCCGAGUCUUCUGCUCCAAUAGUUAGUGCCCCAAAUCCCAGAGACCCCUGCAAGCCAGAGGAGAAUUCCGAAGGAAGAACAUCCCCAAAGCAGGCAGAAAAGAAGCAAGAGCCGGCAACAACCGAUGCUGCUGGGCAGAACCAAGGACGAGCCGAGUUCCUGUCCCACCAUUUAGGAUCUGGAGAAUCUGCGGUCACAGCUGGCUCCAAGAGAGAGGAAGUCAAGCAGGCAGAGGAUGAGAAAAGGGACAAGUCGAAAGAGGAGCCAUGUGACCGAAGUCUUGAGGAAAAGGACAUGGGUCCAGAGCCAAUGGUGAAUCUGGCGUAUGUAAAGAAUGACUCCUAUGAGAAAGGGACUGACUUGAUGGUUGUAAAUGUAUACUUGAAGGAGGUAUGUAAGGAGAUCUCCAGGGUUCUUUUCAGGGAACAAGACUUCACCCUUAUCUUCCAGACCAGCGAUGCCAAUUUUUUGCGCCAACAUCCCGAUUGUGGACCAAACACUGUCUUCAUGUGGCAAGUCAAACUCAGGAACCUUAUUCAACCGGAACAGUCUAGUUACUCCUUCACCCCGUCUCGUGUUGACAUCACUCUGAGGAAGAGACGCAGUCAGCGCUGGGGAGGCUUGGAGGCUCAGUCUUCACAAGGUGCAGUGGGUGGCGCGAAAGUUGCUGUGCCCUCUGGCCCUUCUUCCCUUGACAAGAGUCAGCCGGGCAGCAGCCAGCAUGCACUGCCGGCAAAGGAAGAACCUCGAGUCGGGGAGGAGAAACCCAAGCCCGCCUCUCGGGCUUCAGAGGAUGCUGCUUUAGAUGUAGUUGUGCCUCGUUCUGUCUCUGAACAUGUCUCUGUCAAACAAGAGCCAACCAUUACGACGCCAAAGCCCACCUGCAUGGUGCAGCCCAUGACUCACGCCUCUCAUGUGGGCAGCGAGCGAGCUGAGCAAGAGGAGGAGAAGAAGGUGUGUCUCCCUGGCUUCACAGGACUCGUCAACCUGGGCAACACCUGCUUUAUGAACAGCGUGAUUCAGUCACUCUCCAAUACACGCGAGCUUCGAGACUAUUUUCAUGACCGAGCGUUUGAGACAGAGAUUAACUGUAAUAACCCACUGGGGACAGGUGGAAGGCUGGCCAUUGGAUUUGCGGUGCUACUCCGGGCUUUAUGGAAGGGUACUCACCAUGCUUUCCAGCCAUCAAAAUUAAAGGCAAUAGUGGCCAGUAAGGCCAGCCAGUUUACAGGUUAUGCUCAACACGAUGCCCAGGAAUUCAUGGCCUUCCUGUUGGAUGGGCUGCAUGAGGACUUGAAUCGCAUCCAAAAUAAACCCUACACAGAAACCGUGGAUUCCGAUGGCCGCCAGGAUGAGGUUGUAGCAGAAGAAGCAUGGCAGAGGCACAAGAUGAGAAAUGAUUCCUUCAUCGUCGACCUCUUUCAAGGCCAGUACAAGUCGAAGCUUGUGUGUCCAACGUGCUCCAAGGUCUCUAUUACGUUUGACCCCUUCCUGUACCUACCUGUCCCCCUACCUCAGAAACAAAAGGUGCUUACGGUCUAUUACUUUGCUAAGGAGCCACACAUGAAACCAGUCAAGUUUUUGGUGAGUGUGAGUAAAGAGAACUCAAGUACAGCAGAAGUCUUGGAGUCCAUUUCCCGCAGUGUGAGGGUUAAACCAGAGAACUUAAGGUUUGCAGAGGUGGUAAAGAGCCGCUUUCAUAGGAUCUUCCUGCCUUCUCAGUCCCUUGAUACAGUCUCAUCCUCCGACAUGCUUUUCUGCUUUGAGGUGCUGUCUAAAGAGCUCUCUAAGGAGAAAGUAGUGGUGCUUAGAGUACAACAGAGGCUUCAGGUUCCAAGUAUUCCAAUAGCUAAGUGUGCUGGCUGCCAGAAACCACCUCUGCCAGACGACGAGAAACUGAAGCGAUGUACACGUUGCUAUCGUGUAGGCUACUGUAAUCAAGCUUGCCAGAAGAACCACUGGCCCAGCCACAAAGCUCUCUGCCGUCCCAACUCUGAGAAUGUCGGCCUGCCGUUUUUGAUCAGUGUGCCUGAAUCAAGGCUGACCUAUGUACGCCUCACUCAGCUUCUGGAGGGCUAUUCUAGGUAUUCGGUGAAUGUUUUCCGACCCCCGUUCCAGUCUGGUCGGACGUCUCCGGAAGCCAGUGUGUGUCGUGGUGAUCAGCAUCCCUUAACUGGAUCAGCUUUUGAGGGACCUGAGCCAGAGGAGGAAGUACACUGUGUAGGUGAAGAAGAAGGCGCUCAAGAGCAGGUCAAUCCGUUGUCUGUAACGGAGACAGGACAGGCCUCGGGACACUCGGCGGGAGACCUGUGCUCUGUCUCCACUUGCACUUUGGACUCUGGUUUUUCUGAGGGUGUGUCGAGCUCCAUGGACCCGAAUGAAGAAAAAGAAACAUCCUGUGAGAAGGCUGUGAAACCAGAAGCGGCAGUCACUGGGUACCAGCAAUCCUCAGAGUCUGGCAAUAGGAGUGCUUCUCAGUUCUACAUCUCUCUACAGGAUGCCAACAACAAGGAAGUAAAACUUGAAGACAAAGGGGACGGACUGUUGGAGGUGCCUGAGGACAGCACUUUGGAGCUCGUAUGGAAAAAUAACGAGCGGCUGAAGGAGUAUGUCCUGGUGCGCUCCAAAGAGCUGGAGUUUAACGAGGACCCCAGCUCCGCCAGCGAGACCGCCAGGGCAGGACACUUUACCCUGGAGCAAUGCCUCAAUCUCUUCACCAAGCCUGAGGUGCUGGCCCCAGAGGAAGCCUGGUACUGUCCAAAAUGUCAGCAGCACAGAGAGGCCUCCAAGCAGCUUCUCCUUUGGCGUUUGCCAAACGUGCUCAUCAUCCAGCUAAAACGCUUUUCUUUCCGGAGCUUCAUCUGGAGGGACAAGAUCAAUGACAUGGUUGACUUUCCAGUUAGGAACUUGGAUUUGAGUAAGUUCUGUAUUGGUCAGAAGGAGGAUGUCCAACAGCCCCCUAUUUAUGACCUGUAUGCUGUUAUAAAUCACUAUGGAGGAAUGAUUGGAGGUCACUACACAGCCUACGCACGUCUACCCAACGACAAGAACAGCCAACGCAGCGAUGUUGGCUGGCGUUUGUUUGAUGACAGCACCGUGACUACGGUAGAAGAGAGCCAGGUGGUCACACGCUAUGCCUACGUACUGUUCUACCGACGCCGAAACUCUCCCGUAGAGCGACCGCCUCGUUUUCUCGGCCCACUGGGAGCCGAGUCUGCUGCUGCGGCUGGAGCUGCAGCCAGUCAGGCUUGUAGCCAGGCACUCUUCGGGGCAGAGCUGGAUGCCGAAGGAGCCCCUCAGUUGGGUGCGGAAGUGGGUGACCUCUUUGCCCGCUCGGCCGAAUGCUCCGGUCCGUCCUAUACCAGCAUGGAGGAGGUGGAUUAAAGUAAACGGAACGCUGUAGCAGUGGCCACCGAACAGCAGCCCUUGCCUCAGGGAGACUUCUUUCUUAAAAGAGACUUCGGUGCUCGCGCUCGGCAAAGGUGCUUCUGUUGCACAUGUGCAAUGUUUAAUAAACUAGAACCAAGACGACAGACCAGUGAGUCGUGCAUAGGUCUCCCGACACACACGAGGUGAUUGCUUAGGUGUACAUUUUCCAAAACUCAAGCUAGUAGGAGUGCACAUGUUUGAUCACAUGGACAGGGUAAGAUGCACUUCCGGGAGGUAUUUAUGCAUUUUUUUGGUUGUGCUCUCCUAAACUGGUGCGCUGCUUUUAUUACAGAUCUGCACUGUGCAUCCUACAGAUUCGGCACAAAUAUUAACACGUAACACAGUGGAUCAAUGAUCGAUGUACUACUAUUCACACCCAUAUUAACACAGGUGGACAGGCUUGUUGAAGUGGUUUUGUUUGUAUCUUUGAAGUGUAAUGUUUAUUUGUAGGAUUCAUUUGGUGUGGCGAGGUUUUUUCUUCUUCUUUUAUUUCAGGGCGAAAUGGUUGGUCCUGUUUUCUUCCUUUGUUCUAAGUCCUGUGGAAAUGUCUAUGUUAAGUGCAAAGGCUCAACAGACAUGAAAUAUGCAUGUUGAUCAAUUGUAGUAUAUCGUGUGUAAUUACCACACUUUUUUGAGUGGAUUGUCUUGUUUUCCCUUCCCUUGUUUUUGUAGACUGCAUAGAAGCAGGAGCUUGGGUUCAAUGAUAAGAAUGCUGCUGUGAAUAUGGAACUAAGUGGUUAAUAUAAAUAAAUUGUUUGGAGUAAAUGAACUCAAAUGUUAUAAGAA